CGGGGCUGGGCCACGGAGCGUGUGACGCCGGGCCGCCGCCGAGCUGGGGGAUUAAUGGGAAAAGUUUUGGCAGGAGCCAGGCGAUUCUGCGGAGCCUGCGGGACAGCGGCGGUGGCGCGGGACGCGACCAGGACAGUGCUGCGCUGUGUCGUGGGCAUGCACGUGGCACUCACUCAGUGGCUCCUGCUCACCGACAGAUGAAGACGAGGGCACUGUAGAGGGGACGGGAACUGCCCUGUGGAGGCCCAUCUGCACUCAGACCCAGAUGAUGCCAGAGCUAUGACCAGGCCUGCAGGUGUGGCGCCGAGCGGAGACCAGCCAUGGAGCAGCCACAGGAGGAGGCCCCUGAGGUCCGGGAAGAGGAGAAAGCGGAAGUGGCGGAGGCUGAAGGAGCCGCAGAGCGCUCUCUUCCUUCCAGCAGCUACGCAGACCUCUCCCAGAACUCCUCGUCCCCCUCGCUGCUGGACCAGCUGCAGAUGGGCUGCGAUGGGGCCUCUGGUGGCAGUCUCAACAUGGAGUGCCGAGUGUGUGGGGACAAGGCCUCGGGCUUCCACUACGGCGUCCAUGCGUGUGAGGGCUGCAAGGGCUUCUUCCGGCGGACCAUCCGCAUGAAGCUCGAGUACGAGAAGUGCGAUCGGAGCUGCAAGAUCCAGAAGAAGAACCGCAACAAGUGCCAGUACUGCCGCUUCCAGAAGUGCCUGGCGCUGGGCAUGUCGCACAACGCCAUCCGCUUUGGCCGGAUGCCAGAGGCCGAGAAGAGGAAGCUGGUGGCAGGGCUGACAGCCAGUGAGGGACAGAGGCACGACCCCCAGCUGGCUGACCUGAAGGCCUUCUCCCAGCACAUCUACAACGCCUACCUGAAAAACUUCAACAUGACCAAACAGAAGGCCCGCAGCAUCCUCACCGGCAAGUCCAGCCACACCGCGCCCUUUGUGAUCCACGACAUCGAGACCCUGUGGCAGGCGGAGAAGGGUCUGGUGUGGAGGCAGCUGGUGAGUGGCCUGCCGCCCUACAAGGAGAUCAGCGUGCACGUCUUCUACCGCUGCCAGUGCACCACGGUGGAGACCGUGCGGGAGCUCACCGAGUUUGCCAAGAGCAUCCCCAGCUUCAGCAGCCUCUUCCUCAACGACCAGGUGACUCUGCUCAAGUACGGCGUGCACGAGGCCAUCUUUGCCAUGCUGGCCUCCAUCGUCAACAAAGAUGGGCUGUUGGUGGCCAACGGCAGUGGCUUUGUCACUCACGAGUUUCUGCGCAGCCUCCGCAAGCCCUUUAGUGACAUCAUUGAGCCCAAAUUCGAGUUUGCUGUCAAGUUCAAUGCGCUGGAACUUGAUGACAGUGACCUGGCGCUCUUCAUCGCGGCCAUCAUCCUGUGUGGAGACCGGCCAGGCCUCAUGAAUGUGCCCCAGGUGGAGGCCAUCCAGGACACCAUCCUGCAGGCCCUCGAGUUCCAUCUGCAGGUCAACCACCCUGACAGCCAGUACCUCUUCCCCAAGCUGCUGCAGAAGAUGGCCGACCUGCGGCAGCUGGUCACUGAGCAUGCCCAGAUGAUGCAGUGGCUGAAGAAGACCGAGAGUGAGACCUUGCUGCACCCUCUGCUCCAGGAGAUCUACAAGGACAUGUACUGAGGCUGCGGCUGCGGCCCCCCUCCCCGCGGGCUCCAGGGACUGUUCAGUAGGCCCAGCACAGCCUGAGCAGCGCGGUCCCACGUGCACACCCGGGCUCACGUGGCCCCGGCUCCUCCUCUGUUUCUGCUCUCCCCCUCCCCUCUCCCUCUCUCUCUCUCUCCCUCUCUCUCUCUCUCUCUCUCCGUCCCCCCCUGCUCUGUCCCACCUUCUGUGGCGUCUCUCCACCCGGGCGCCUGUCCCCACGUCUCCCGUUUCUCGCUAGUGAGGUGGUUGGCACUAUCUCAGCAGCCCCAGAACAGCACCUCCGCCUUACCCGCCGUCCUGAGAGCAGGGUCCUGCCUCAGCCCCGCUCCUGCCUUGCCUACCUUCCGUCUCCCUCAUCAGACAGAGACUUGAGCCAGCCAAAGAAACACUGUGCUCUCUAGGCUCAGCUUCAGCUGGGCCUGGACUGACUGCGAUCAGAUCUCAGAUCACAGCUUGUGGUCACGGUCACGGGGUUCCUGCUGCCGAGGACAGUGGGCAGCAGCCCAGGCCCCUCCAGGCUGUCUCCCUGCCCUGCCCCUGACAUCCCACACCCACCAUUCUUCACUCUUCUAGGCCGCUGUCCCGAAAGUCCCUGUGCUGGCCACUAGGGGCGGUAUGGCUCCCUGCAGACGGACUCCCAUGGCCCCACAGAAAAGGAGGGAGGUGGAGGUUGCCCCAGGGAACAGCACACUCAAUUCUGAUGCUGAGACUUGGCUCUGAGUCCCAAAGUCACAGGCCAGGGAAGGGCGUGGGGUGGGCCGUCCCCCGGCAUUGCAGCGCCCCCCCCCCCCCCCCCCCCGUCCGUGUCUACACCGUGUCAGAACCCAGAGGCUGACGAGCAGCUGCUCCUUGCUCUGGUCAAGACACACCGGCACCCCGUCCCCAGCUGCGCACACCCCAGCACCUGAAGGCCCCUCCCUCCCCAAAAGUGGUGGGGACAAUGUGCCUCUGUGCCAGGGCCGUUCUGCCGAGCCAGCCAGGGCUGCUGGGGUCCUUCCUGACACCCGCGUGUCCCAGCAGCGCCCCCCCCCCCCCGUCUUUCCCUCUGCCACCUGGCUGCUGGCUCCUGAACUCCCUCCACACAGUGGGGAAGGGGCUUGGCACAGUCCCCCCCUUGCCCCUGCCCCUCAAGCCCUCCAUGGAGGAGGCUGAGCCCACCAGCCUGCAGGGAGGAGGGGCCGGCCAUAGCUGCACUCGGCACGGUAGGAGGGCUGGCUGGUCUUCCAGCCCUGGCUUCCUGGAUCCUGUCCGACCCCCUUCCCCAGGGACCUCACUGUCUGAGCAGCACAGCUCUGAGAGGAAGCCCUCUCUCAGCCCGAAAUGGCCAGAAGGGACCAGCCCGCUGUCUCCCCUGCCACUGCUGUGGCCUUCUGUGGGCCAGAUACUCGUGCCAGCGCAGCCCGCCUCUCCCCUCCCGCCCUAACUCGCCAGGUCUUGGGGGCAGGGGUGCUCUGACCCUUCUAGCCACACACUCGCCCCUGCCCAGGUCUGGUACUGAGAGCACAGCUCCCCUCCGUGUCCAACAAUCUCCAAAACUGAAAUGUAUAUUUUUGCUAGGAGCCCCAGCUUCCUGUGUUUUUAAUAUAAAUAGUGUAUACAGACUGACAGAACUUUAAAUAAAUGGGAAUUAAGUAUUUAA